AUGUCCAAUAAAGCAGGUUACGGGGAUAACUAUGCUCCUCCAACUGGAGCUCCACCCAAUUGGUCAAGUAGUAACAGUGGAUCUAAAACACAAUCGGGGUAUGUUCCUCAGGCAGAGCCAUCUUACGCUAAUCAUUCUGAUCAUGCGACUCAUUCAGGUGAUAAUAGAGGAUUUGGAGGAAGUAAUCAAGGAUACGGAGGUGGAUACCAACAAGGUGGAUAUCAGCAAGGUGGAUAUCAACAUGGUGGAUAUCAACAGGGAGGAUAUCCUCAACAAGGUGGUUAUUAUCAGCAAGGAGGAUAUCCUCAGCAGGGAGGAUAUCAACAAGGAGGAUAUCAGCAGCAGCCUAUGUAUGUUCAACAAAACAGAAGUUCUGGUACAGAGGGAUGCUUAGCAGCAUGUUUAGCUGCUAUGUGCAUUUGUUGUACUUUGGACAUGUUAUUCUAA